AUGAAUCAAAUUUGCCGGACAUGUUUCGAUCCUGGAGAAAAUAAACUUUAUGAUUUGGCCGAUGAGAUCGGAACCGAAUCUAAAAGUUCGUUAGAAUUAUUAAACGAAGUUGUCCAUUUGCAGAUUACCUUAGAUGAUCCAUUGCCAAAAACAAUAUGUUCCGACUGCUUGAGAAGUCUGAAGGAUGCUUAUGCAUUCAUAACUCGCGUCCACCAUGUAAAUGAGAAAUACUUGAAAUUACUGGCUAGUGACCAGAAAGAUCCUCUACUGGAAUGCGACACCGCCAAUCAAGCUGCCGAUUGUUUGGAGGAGUCUGCCAUUGAUAUGCCUGUCGAUCAUUACCUAAGCGACGUCAAAUUAGAAGUCGGGGGGGAUCAGUAUGGCAUUGUUUUACCGAACAGGAAUGUCUCCGAUGAAUUGGUGAAUACGAACGAAAAUUCGAAUUCCACUACACAUUCAUAUGGGAACAGUAUCAAGGAGAUGUUUUAUGAAAGCGCUGAUGAAAAAUAUGUGACUGGAAGAGACAGCGCGCUUUGUAUUGGCGAAGAGCGUGAUGAUUAUGAUGAUGCUGAAAACGAUUCGUCCGACGACGACUACAAACCCACAAAAAGAAUAAAAAUUGAAGAGGGCUCUAGAUCAUCGAACAUAGAAGAAAUGUCACAUAUUAAUGAUAAUUCAGAGAAAUCGUCUACAGAAGAUGAAGACUACCAAAAGCCCACAAAAAAUACUAAUACGAGCACACAGAGGGUUGGUCGCCAAGCGCCGGACUAUUUCGACAAAAUAAAGCAGGUGAACGAGAGAUUCGCGUGUACUAUUUGUGAAAAGACAUUUUCUUUGCGAAAGGACUGUGGUCGCCACAUAGCAUCUAUUCACUUAAGGGAAAUAACCUUUCCCUGUGAAUAUUGUGGUCAGCAUUUUAGCCGGAAGGACAAGGUGAGGCACCACAUCAAGCGUAUGCACUGUGAUAAAUCCGCAUAUCCUAAAGCCAAACGCAAAGAAUGGGUGUUUGGAGAUCGGUUAUAUAGUAGGCCCACAGGUUGGUUGAUGGUGGAGUGCAAACUGUGCAGCGUGCGUUUUAGUUCAACGAAAGAAUUAAGAUCUCACAUGGAAACACACAACAAAAUCGAUUCUUUGAUGCACAUCCGAAUGGACAGCGAGGUUAUCACCCACUUGUUUCCGAAUGAAUUCAGUUUGGGUAGUGUUAAGGAGUUAAUAUGCAAGGACAUUGCGGAGGGUCGUUGGUUCCAAUAUUACGCAGUUUUAAAUGAGUUUUCUUAUGAAAUGUCAAUAAGUGAUACUGAACCCGAGGAUUUGAACAAGGAGAUAGGCAGUCCCAAAUACAAAUGCGAGGUAUGUGGCAUUGAAUGCCGUUUUCAACACGAGGCUUUCAAUCAUUUAAAGAAGGAGCAUGAGAAUGACGAAAUGCCAUUAAAAUGUGGUUUGUGUAAAUUGGAAUUUAUAUCAUCGAAAAUGUUUGAACGCCAUUCCCGUGUUCAUUGUCGAAAUAGAAGUAAAGUGCUCCUGUGUACCAGAUGUCCCGCCAAAUUUGUCUGGCCGGAAAACAUGAGAAACCAUAAUUGCGCUUCCAAACCAGAGAUUAGCAGCGAUGAUAGAGAAAUUUUCAAAUGUGACAUUUGUAAUCGACCGUUUGAAGUCAAAACAAAAUUCUUAAAACAUUUGGAGAGACAUCGGCAAGAGGAAAGCUCGAACAAAGCCAUUAUUAGAUGUGGCCUCUGUCCACAAUCCUUCGAAAAGUUAAGAAAUCUCCGAGAUCAUAUAACGCAGCAUGCGGACGGUUUAACCGGCAUAGACUUCCAUAAUGGCAUUUAUUUCAAGAGAUUUGAAAGAUCAAAGACACACGAUCGCGCGCUGAUACAACAGGAAAUACGAAAUGCUUUCGAGAAAUCGCAAAUUAGCCGAUUUUAUAGAGCCCUGGAUAAGGAUGGCAUGGAAAUGGACAUAAUGGAUUCGGACAGUGGGAGCGAGCCAACAUCGUUGAUAUAUAAAUGCGAUUUAUGUCUUAUAAUGUUUGGAAAACGAAAGGAUUUAUUGAAACACCAGAACGACCAACACGUUAGUAUUCCGCUACCACAUGCGUGUAAGGAUUGUACUAAGGAGUUCGUAAGCGAUGAUUUACUGCAGCAGCACAGAUUCAGAGAGUGCUGGAAUGAAUUUAGGCGUGUGGCACAGCAAUGUGAGUAUUGCAAUGCUAGAUUUAUAUGGCCGAAUAAUUUGGUUAAGCACAAGGAAAUAAAGCAUAAGCACCAGAAACAACCUCGGCCAAAACGAGCAAGUACUUUGAAGUGUGAAUAUUGCGAGAAAGUUUUCAUAUGGCCGAAAGAUUUGGUCCGCCAUCGUAAAACCCACACUGAAGGCAAAAAGUUUUGCUGCCCUCAUUGUGAUCGAAAGUUCCAGAGAAAGGACAAUCUGCUCGCACACAUACGUACCCAUGAUCCUACCAGUCUACCACUGACCACAAGUUCAAAUAAGGCUAUUGACCAGAUUUUACCAUACAUGGCUAAACCACAUGGUUGCAAACGCAUACGCUGUAUGAUAUGCUUUUCAGAACAUACUCACAUACGCGAUUUGCGCUCGCAUUUAAGAUCUCAUCUAUACGUCAUUAACUUUGAAAAGCGCAAGGAAUCCGAUAGUAUCGAUCAUAUUUCAAAGCACAUAUAUCCCGAAGAAGCCCCAAUGUGCGAAGAGGACUUGUUCCGUAAAAUUUCGGGGGAUAUUAUAGCUGAACGUAAUUUGGAACGCUUCUAUUCAAUAACAAAUGAACACGGUUACGAAGUAAGUCUAGACAGUUCGGAAACAGAAAGUGGUGACUCGGAGGACGAUAAGACUGAAAGGAGCGAUGAUCAUAAUUCAAAAAAAUUUUUGAAAUCGAACCGUGUCUAUACAUGCGAUAUAUGUCCGCAGCUAACUUUUGAUCGGAAGUAUAAGGUAUAUGAACAUCACCUAAAUAAUCACAAAUGGGAAGAUGGUCGUCAUGUGGAAAUAUGUCGCACUUUAAUGAAAACAUGCCCGCUAUGUCAGGCGAAGUUCUGUACUCAAAAAGAACUAACACAGCAUUUGUCUUCGAAUCACCCCACUGAGUCAGAAUUACGUUACUGUUUUUUGUGCCCUAAAACCUUCUAUACUGCUGAACACCUCAACGAACAUUUGCUACAACAACAUUGCUUGGCACACGAUAGUGUUAGCUGCGUUGAAAGCAUUGCAUCCAUACUCUGCCCCAAUGGAAAGAAAUCAGUAAAAUGUAAAAUCUGCGACUCGGAUUUCCAAACAAUGGCUGAUCUAAACGAUCAUUUUUCGCUUAGUAUAUGUACCGUUCAACCGUCGACGUCUACCUAUUCCAUAACAAAUCAGAAGGGAUUUGAAUUGCAUUUGGAGUUGGACUCCGAAACAGAAGCUGAAGACAAAGCCGACAAGAAAAGCAAAGGUAAUGAGCAACGGUACUUAUGCUCAUUGUGCAAUUUGUCUUUUGAGCGCAAAUAUCAAAUGGCUCAGCACCAGCGGUCCAUGCACUUCUACGAACAUUUGCCAUUAAAGUGUGAAAAAUGCAUAUUUAGAACAUCGUGUCAGAAAUUAUUAGACUAUCAUACGGUCACUCAAUGCAAUAACGUGGACAAGCAAUACCAUUGCAGAUUUUGCAAAUUCAAGUUCAUGUGGCAAGAAAACCUAGAACAGCAUAUUGACCUUCUACAUAUUCAAAGUGAAGAACAAGUGGACGAUCAAACUGCGACGAAGGCCGGUCUCGAAACAAAUAUAUUUGAGUGUAUGCAGUGUCAUCGUCGAUACAAUCGACGAGAUCGUUACAAGGCACAUUUCAGGAAAUUUCAUAACAACGAGGCAAUCAGUCAAGACGAGUCCCCAAAAAUUCGAGAACGAGGGAAAACCUCACCCAACAAAACCAAAAACUUCUUAUGUGCAUUUUGCGGUGUAUCAUUUUCAAAUAACUCCAACCUUACGGUCCACAUGAGGCGACAUACGGGCGAGAAACCCUUCAAGUGUGAUCUCUGCGAUAUGGCAUUUCCCCGAUCGUCCGACCUGCAGUCCCAUCGACGCACUCAUACCGGCGAACGGCCUUACAAAUGCUCUCAUUGUGAGAAAUCAUUCUCCAGGCAGUACAAAUUGAAUGUGCAUAUGCGGAUUCAUACAGGCGAACGACCAUAUUCCUGUACUUACUGCGCCAAAAGUUUUACUCAGUCCAAUGAUCUAACGUUGCAUCAUAGGCGCCACACUGGAGAAAGACCCUAUUUGUGCGGCAUUUGUGGGGAAGGUUUUAUUUGUGCAACGUCCCUAAAACAGCACAAAAAUUCUAAAGGUCACUUUGAGCACAAUGCUGAUGGAGAGGACGAGCGGGCACACAACGUGUCUACUUUCGAAAUGAACUUUUGA